UGCUCUUGAUUAGUGAUGUCCGGGUGGUGGCUGAUUGGACGGACGGCAGGGAAUGGCGACGGCGGCGGAGUUGGACUCCGGUGGCGGCUCGAAGAGGAGGCGGACGGGCGAGGGAGGGGAGCGAGCGCAUCCAGGCGCGGGAGCGGCGGAGGAGGACCGUAUUUCGUCGCUGCCGGAGGCGCUGCGGCUGCACAUCCUCGGCCUCCUCCCGUUCAAAUCCGCCGUUCGCACGGGCGCGAUCUCCACCCGGUGGCGCGCGCUCUGGGCGCACCGCUGGCCGGAGCCCUCCUCGCUCGACCUCCGCCUCAAGACCCACGCGCCCCCGCCGCCGAUCCUCGAAUCCCUGGAGCGGCGCGGCCGGCGGCGCCUCGACCGGCUCUCCCUGACGUUCCAGAUUGGCAAGGGGGACCUCGAGCCCGACGGCGUCCACCGGAUUCUGGACUACGCCGCCGCCUGCUCCGUCGCCGACCUCCACGUGGACUUCGCCCACGGAGCCCUGGGCUUCAUUUUCAAGCUCCGCCUCCCGCGGGCGACCCGCACCUCACGCGCCUCACCGUCGGCAGCAUCCGCGUCGGCCUCUCCAAGCCCUUCUCCGCCCGCUGCCACACCUUCUCCGUCCUCGAGGUCAUCUACCUCGAGGGCGUCACGCUCUCCGACCACACCGUCGGGAACCUGGUCGCCGCGUGCCCCCUCCUCCGCGCCCUCGACCUGCGCUACUGCGAUGGCCUCGAUUUCGUCAACGUCGAGGCCGCCGGGCCGCACCUGAGGAGCCUCACCGUCGCGGAGUGCGGAGGGGUGAGAGACAUUUCUACCAUGGAGGCGCCCAGCCUUCGCUCCUUCCGCUACAGCGGCUCCUACAUCCGCGCCCUGACAAUCCCUGCCGCCUGCGCGCUCGCCGACCUUUACCUAUGCUUCGGCGGACCUGCCGGUCGCCUCCGGCCUCUCGGCACCCCACUCUGUUUCGAUUUUGCUUGGCCUGCAGGGGUGCCAAGAAAUUGGCUUCAGGCACCGUGCUUACCCUCUGCAGCAGUGCCCUGCGGAGAGUGUCUGCCAAGGCUCGUGAGAGAUCACUAACCAAAAGUGGUGCCGCGUCGUGCGAAUUGCGGAAUUUGAGAGAGCUGCAGCUGCUGAUGUUUGCUAUGUAUAACAGCAGCGUGGAUGACAUUUGUGUUUUCAUCGUGGCCUGCUGCCCCUCUCUAUUAGAGAGGAUGUUUGUGCAGCUUCCAACAAAUAGUCACUAUUAUAGAGCAGGCUCGGAACCAUCAGAAUCAGAGGAAGAGCUACUAGAGGAAAACAGGCCAGUGGAGGAUCUGCGGGGAGAAGCGCCACCUGAGGAAGAUGGGCCAGAGGGAGAGCUACCAGAAGAGGAAGAUGAGCUUCAGGAGGAGCUACCAGAGGGAGAGCUAUCAGAAGAGGAAGUUGAGCUUCAAGACGAGCUGCCAGAGGGAGAGCUAUCGGAAGAGGAAGAUGAGCUUCAAGACGAGCUGCCAGAGGGAGAGCUAUCAGAAGAGGAAGAUGAGCUUCAAGACGAGCUGCCAGAGGGAGAGGCGUCGGAGGAAAAUCAAUCAGAGGAAGACUGGUCAGAUGAAGAGCUAUCUGAUGGAGGGCAAUCAGAGGAAGACCCAGUAGAAGAUUGCCUUGAGAACCUUAAGUUGCUCAAGAUGACGAAUUUCAAGGGGGGUGACAAUGAGAUGAGGCUACUAAGGUUUGUGUUGAGGAACUCUACUAGUCUCAACCAAUUGCUGCUAUUUACAUCGAAGAGUGAUCGACCAGAGUGGCUCCAGAAGGAUCAUCUGGAUACGUCCGAUAUUCUCGAAACAAAAAUAUUGCCUCUCCAAAAAGCCCUACCAAAUUGCCAGAUAAUUCUCGGCUUGAAGAUCAAAUGAUUAUUGUGCUGAAGUCAUAAGAAAACCUGAUUAAGAACAGAAAUCAACUUGAAUUGGGCCCGGAAACUGUGAGUCCAAAAUAUUCUUUCUCAAAUUUGACUUGUCAGCCACUUUGAAUCUGGACAAUGGUCCAGUUUUUGUCAAUACUUUCCCCAUCAAUUUAGCUCAGCCUGGUCUGUGGCCACUAGUGCUAUUUUCGAUCGUGUGGUACAAGAUAGGAUAGUGGUAGCACUCACAGUCUGACUGAAGGAUGACACAACUGAAAACCUAUGGCUAUUAGCUCAGUCGCAAUGCAAUCUUGACUGGAGGAUGAUACGAUUGUGACUGACAAAGAAGAGUCGUGUGGAGUGUAUCAUGCAUGAUCCGCCCAGAAAAUGACUCGAGGCUAUGUAUAACCCCAUCCCCCACCCCCUGAACUUCAAGUGAACAGUAGUAACCAAACACAUACCCAAGCACAGAAAUAACAGAAUGGCUGCGUCCGACGAGACGCCGAUGGUGCAAGACCUGGCGUCGACCGGUUUCGAGGAGCCGCCGAGCCGGUACUUAGUGCACGAGCAAGACCGUCACGGUGACCUGCUGGCCGCCGGCGAAAUGCCGGAGCCCAUCCCUCUCAUUGACCUUAGCCGGCUCAUGGACGCCGAUGAGGCCGACAAGCUCCGGGCUGCUCUACAGACAUGGGGCUUCUUCCUGGCCACCAAUCAUGGGAUCGAGGAUUCUCUCAUGGAUGCAAUGAUGAGCGCGUCAAGGGAGUUCUUCCGUCAACCGUCCGAAGAGAAGCAGAAAUGCAGCAACCUGGUGGACGGCAACGGCAAGCACUACCAGGUGGAAGGGUAUGGCAGUGACAAAGUGGUUUCUGAGGAUCAUGGCCUGAACUGGAACGACCGGUUGCAUCUGAGAGUGGAGCCAGAAGAUGAGAGGAAUUUCGCUAAGUGGCCCAGUCAACCGGAAUCUUUCAGGGAUGUGCUACAUGAGUACGCAUCAAAAACCAAGAAACUAAGAGACCUUGUCUUGCGAUCAAUAGCCAAGCUCCUGGACAUUGAUGAGGAUUACUUCGUUAACCAGAUAUCAAACAAGGCCUCCGGGUUUGCUAGAUUGUACUACUACCCUCCAUGUCCGAGACCUGACCUAGUUUUGGGCCUCAGGCCUCACUCUGAUGGAAAUCUCCUUACUAUCCUUUUUGUCGACGACGAUGUUGGUGGCUUACAAGUUCAGAGAGAUGGGAAAUGGUACAAUGUUCCAGCCAAGCCUCACACACUGGUGAUCAACUUGGGAGACUGCCUGGAGAUAAUGAAUAACGGAAUCUUUAGGAGCCCGGUUCACAGAGUGGUGACAAACACCGAGAAGGAGAGGCUUUCGCUGGCCAUGUUCUAUGCCGUGGAUGAAGAAACAGUGCUGGAGCCAGCGCCCGGUUUGCUGGAUGAUAAGCGACCACCAAGAUAUAGGAAAAUGCUGACCAAGGAUUUCGUGGCUGGGCUCUUUGAACAUUUCCGUCAAGGGAAGAGAUUCAUCGACACCCUGAAGAUAUAAGUUAUGCGUGUUAGUUUAUGGAGUUAUAGCUGUGAUUACCUAUGAGGAAUAAAGUUUUACCGAUAUGUAAAAGAGGAGCACCAGCGCCAUGCCUCUUUCACCGAAUUUUGAGCUGUAGUUUAUCAGUUCGCUGCUGCAUUUAAACUUUUACUCCCUCAGUUCUAUUCCACCUGCGUCCCGUCCACUGCUGUCGAUGUUCCACUGCUUGGCAAGAUAUGCAAGAUUCGGCGUUCUGUAUUCCGUGAAGGAUUAUGGAUAACUAGUUUAAUCUUAUACUAAGUAGUAUGCAGUCUGCACCUUUGUCUAUAUGAAAUAUCACUUUUUUA